GCCAAUUUCAUAUUGUGCUUUAGUAUGGUGCAAAGAUACAGUUAUUGAGUAUCCAUUUGAUUCUUCAUCACACAGUCACCUAUAUUUUAGUGGAUAAAUGUUAUUACACAAAGUCUAGGAUAAAGAUGCAAUGAAUAUGUUUCAAGUUGGAGCUCGAAGGCAUUUGUGCUUCAACUCAAAUCCUCGGACAAUUUUCCCGAACUUGGUAUGUUAAAUGAACUAAUUUCAGGGAGGGGGACAAACAGAGAGUAUUAUUACAAACUUGUCGUACUUGCAGGCUUCACUCCUCUGAGAGCUGCGAUUUCCCUUCCUCCAAGAUGGAUCUAGCUCGAAAAAAAUUUCUAAAUGAUAGUCAAGGAAGUCGAAAUAAGAACGCCGAAAGUCAACAAAGUGCAACUAUAGGUAGAGUUAGUUGGACAAAAGAGUUAGUACACCUCCUCUGUGACCUCUGCAUGCAAAAUGUUGAAAGGAAUAAGGGAAAAAGUGGUGGAGUAACUGGUCAAAGGUUAGCAUGGAAGAAAGUACAAGCUGAAUUUGUCAAACAUACAAACCUUCAUUGGGAUAAAGAUAAACUUAAGCAUAAGGUGGAUUGGAUGAGACAUAGGUGGGGUCUUUGGAAACUAUUGAAAGGAAAGGAGACGGGAUUGGGGUGGGAUCCUGUAAAAGGAACCAUCGAUGCCUCUGAUGAGUGGUGGAAUUUCAAGAUUAAGGAGAAUUCCGCAUUAAAGCCAUUUCGCGAAGAAGGGAUUGAACCUGAACUUGAAUCUAAGAUGGAUCAAAUGUUUGGUUUUUAUGCCCAAGGUGCAUUAAAAUACACUCCGGUGUGUGAUCUCACAGAAGAGGAUAUGCAAAUUGAAGGUGAUAAUGUGUAUGUUCCUUCACCACCUCGUAGUGGUACUCCACGCAAUCAGCUUGACGACAUAGAUGCUUCAUAUGGUGGUAGUAGUUCUAAUACUCGUGAAGCAUGGGAUGAUGUAUGGAGAGACGAUAGCCCCCUCCUUUCUCUCCUAUUGGUACACAAAUGGAAACCGAUGAAAGAAGGAGCAAUAAGAGAGUUGCAGUGAGUGAUGCACCACAAUCUAAUAAGAGUGCACGGGUUGAAACCACAAAGAGAGCAGGUAAAACUAAAUCAUUGGGUGACAAACUUGAUAACAUGAUGCAGCUCAUUGGAGAAAGGAACAAUACAUCUAAGGGAGUGCAUAUGUCAAUGAUGAACGUCAUGGACUCAAUGGUCACACCAAAGCAUGGAGAAAUUAUUGAAGCACUAGCAAAGCUAUGUGCUUUGCCGGAUUUAGGUCCAAGCACACCUGAAUUUUAUUUUGCUUGCACGAUGAUUGAGGAUCCACAAAAAAGAUGCAUUCUCCUAGGGUUACCAAAUGACCAGAUGAGAGUUGAGUACAUCAAGUUUGUAUAUGCUGAGCAGAAGAAGAAUUAAAAAGACAUCACUAUGUUAGCAUUACAAUUUUUAUCUCUUUUAAACUCAAUUAUGAACUUAUGUUAUGGAUUGUCAUAUUUCCGAAACUUUAUUAAUCUAGAAACUUCUUUAUGAGCUUAUAUGUUAUGUAUUUCAAUACUUCAACAAUUGUAUUAGUUUAUUAUAUAUGAUUGUCAUGUUUUGAUUUUGUUUAUUA